AAAGAUUCUUUCAAGUUGUUGAGCUUUUUUCAUUCUGGCUUUCACCGCUUCUGGUUUGGAUAAAAAAAUUCAGUUGCAAUCUUCAUAUCUCCAAUCCAUUGUUUUACUGCAAAAUAUCGUGGCAAUAUUUGUCGGGGAUUAGUUCAGAUGGGAUGUCGGCGAUUUGGUGGCGGUCACCAUUCACGUGGAGGCCCACCUCCACACCAUCAUCAUGGUGGACAUCGUGGUGGUAGACACUCUUGGCAUCCACACCCACCACCCCAUCAUCAGCCUCCCUGUGGACCCCCUGGUCACCAUUGGGAUGGGUAUCCUCCUCCUCCACCCCCUCAUCAUUUCCCACCUCCAGGUGGAUAUCCUAGUGGUGGACACCCUUGGCAUGGACACCCUCCUCCACCUCCGCCACCUCCCCAACAUCCCCCUCCCCCUUCUGGACAUCCGGGAGGCUGUCAGUACUGCGGAUGCCCGUGGGGCGGUUCUGCCCAGAACGGGAAUCCUGGGAUCGGAACCCCUCAAGGGGAAACCCCAACUAACGAUCAGCAGGGUAACAACGAUCCUGGGAACACGAACCCUGGCAACGGAGAACCAAUACCUGGACAAACCAAAUACGAAAUCAUUGACCUAAGAAAUCCCUGAUUGUCUUUCCAAAGUAUUUCCUCCACUACAUAAUAUCUUUUGCAUUUUAUUGCUUUUAAAGAAUGUCUUUCUUUAAAAGGCCAAGCGGUAAACGAAAAAAUAAUAAUAUGAUAACUACUGUUGUCACUCCUGUUUAAUAUGAACUCUUUACUUUAGAAUAUUACUGUUUAACAAUGAUUUUUUUAAUAAAAAGAUUUAAAAAUAAA